UUUCAGUGUUGAAACGAUACAAUUGAAAAUGUUACAAGUAUUACUUCUCAUUGCUGCACUUAUCUUCCUCUAUUAUGGGAUACGAAAUUUUUUGGAAACAAUUCAAAUAGCUAAUCUUAAUGCUAAAGCAGUUUUCAUUACUGGUUGUGAUUCAGGCUUUGGCUAUUUAUUGGCUAUUAAAUGUGCAGAAAAUGGCCUACCAACAUUUGCUGGAUGUUUAACUGAACAUGGAAUGCAAGCAAUUGAACAAAUAGCGAAGAAUACCAUUGGAAAGUUAAUUCCGGUACAAAUUGAUGUGACAAAUGAAGAAUCGGUUCAAAAUGCUGUCCGUUCUGUGGAAGAGAAUUUAAAUCCUAAAUUAAAAUUAUGGGCAUUAGUGAAUAAUGCUGGAUCAUUCGGAAUUUAUGGAUAUGAUGAUUGGUGUACGGUAGAGGAAUAUGCAAAAGAUUUGAAUGUGAAUACUCUUGGUGUUAUACGUGUUACACAUGCAUUUAUGCCUUUAUUAAAAGAAUCUCGUGGUCGAGUAAUAGCAAUAACCAGUGUUUGUGGUCGUUUAGCAUUAGCGGGAAUUGGCCCAUAUACUGUCUCAAAAUUUGCCACCGAAGCUUAUCUCAAUGUUUUACGUCAAGAAUUACGCGAAUUUGGCAUACAUUGUGCAGUUUUGGAACCUGGACGCUUUCGAACAGGUCUUAUGGAUAAGAAAGCAAUGAUUGAUCGUAUCAAUUAUUCAUGGAAUCGACUGGACAAUGCUCGAAAAGCGGAAUAUGGUGGUGAAGCAUUCAAGGAAUUAUAUUGUGAUCGUUCAUGUGAAUUUUUCUGCGAUGGUGCAUCAACAUCAUUGAAUUUGGUUGUUGAUUCGUAUUUUCAUGCUAUCACAAGUCAUUUUCCACGAUAUCGUUAUUAUAUUGGAAUGGAUUCGAUAUAUCUAAUAAUGAUAUUCAUUCCAAUUCAAAUACGUGAUUUUCUAGUGUGUGAUUUUUAUCGUAAUGUAAUUGGAUGGCCACCAAAAGUAUUCACAUCAACAUUUAAUCUUAUCAAUAAUUACUCUAUGUUAAAAGAUACAAUUAUUGAUUGGUGUGGGAAAAAAUUUCAAAGAAAUUAA